CCGUGCCAACACGGCUAAUAAACGAGAGCCCGGGUCUGAUUCAUCACCCGAGCUCUGAUUAGUGCCGCUUCAGCGUUUGGUCAGUCUGGAACUCUUUUAGGGAGGACACCAAGUUUGAGAAAUGCCUCAGGGAAAUCAGAGCCUGUCUUAAAACCUGCUGAGUGCUUUAAAGAAAAAAAAAAAAAGAAAAGAAGAGAUGUGCAUGUCUGAUCUCGUCAGCAGCUGAACCAAGUCAGAGAAUGCUUUUGGGAAACCGAAUCCUUAAGAGUCACAGGAGAACACGGACGGCAGUCUGCUUGGUCCACACCAAUAAAUGUUCCACUGCGUCGGCCGUACGAGGGGUUAAUCGACGUUGCAACGCUGCGUUCAUGCCCAGAAUGUUCUCUGUGCUGUCGGAUAAACCGAUUGAUGGAAAUUUAGCUUGCUGUCUUGCAAUUUGCAAGAUAGCCCUGGCUCAGGGUAGGUACAGGUGGCGGCACGAUCUGGUCCUGCGGAAGCUCGCGGAAGUCCUUGAGGUGCGGAGGAUGGAAGCAGCCAAAGACCCUCCUUCCAAGACACGGACGCUGAUCUGCUUCAUUGGACAAGGGGCUGGAGCUCCGAACAUCAGUCAGAGGGAGAGAUCACCACUGUUAACACCUGGAUGCGACUGGAACUUAAGGGUGGACCUUGAUCAGCAGCUCAAGUUCCCACCAGAGAUAACCACCACCUCUCUGAGACCAGACGUCGUCCUGUGGUCCCCUGCAGUCAAGACAGUAAUCCUGCCAGAGCUAACCAUCCCUUGGGAAGGAGGAAUGGAGGCUGCUUUUGAAAGGAAGAGGGACAAAUACACCGAGCCGGUAGCCGAGUGCCGAGAAGCUGGAUGGUCAACCACUAUCUACCCUGUGGAGGUUGGCUGCAGGGGGUUCAUUGGAACAUCCAUCCAGCAUCUCCUCAGGAAGAUUGGAGUGACCGGAACAAAGCUCAAGAGGGCAUCCAGGGAAUUGGCAGAAGAGGCGGAAAGAGCCAGUUUCUGGCUGUGGCUGAGAAGGAAGGACAUGUCAUGGGGGAAAGAGGGGUCCUGGGGUGGCUGCAGGGGGCGGCAGGGAGACGUCCCUGUCGUUGCUCCACCACCAUGAGAUGUUCUGGGAAUAAUGGAGUGAAACAUCAAUGAAGGGUGGCUUCCGGCUGAUGACCCUGCAGUUACCCCAUUGGCACCGUCGGAGGUGCGUCAGGCAGUAACGCCAUGCAGGUAGUCCUUACCUGUGCUUCUAUCUCCCAUCUAGCAUGGGUGAUCCUGGUC